AUGGUCAUGUACGACCCCGCCGCACCGAACAACUACCGCGACGUCAAAGUAAUGUGGUGGAAGCGCGCCCGGGAGGAUGAGCGGAAGAACGACAUUUCACGUUCGUUGGCGGCAGCAGCGGAGGCGGGAUCAUCGCCGUUUGAUAUGCCGGACAUGAUGCGCAUGGCGCCAAGGGAUGAAUUGGCGUACGAUAUCCUUGGCGGGAGCGGGGACACGAUGUCGCUGCAUCUCAGCGCGGAGGAGCUUCACCAAAGACGCGUUCGACAGAGCGCCGCGUUGGGCAUCACCACAGCGAUGAAUUUGGAGCGUGAAGAACUGGAGGCGGCCCAUAAGGCACGAGUCGCUGCUGGUAUGGACCGCAGAGGACGCAUUGGGCAGAAGCUUGGAAAAUUAAUGAGUGUGGCUGCUACAAGAGAAAACGCGACCAAAACGAACACUACUAGUGACCACGUCGGGGAUGGAAUAAACACUUCGGCAGGGGAGAUGACACCAGCAACAACGAUGGCAACUUCAACAACAACUUCUCUUCCAGGUAUCACUGCACCUCUUGUUUUUCAGAGGUCGGAGUUGGCCGCUGGUGGGUAUGUUGUGCGUGAGGACGUUGGCGCCCUUGAGAAGCGAAAGACACACUACGGGAAGCCAAGCUCGACCAUUCUCAUCCGCUUCGUCCGCGACGGACCGCCAGUAGAAGUGUUUGAUGACACCAGCAAUAAAAACGUUGGCAGCGGGACGCUGCGCAAUGCAUUUUUGGAGAACAUCCAGGAUUUGUGCGGGCAGUGUGGCGUUGUACGUUCGCUGCGUUACAUGGUCUUGGACGAUGGGAAGAGGGCGGCACUGCGAGCCCGUUUGGAAAAUGAGAGGGAAGAAGUUUCCGCUGCUUCCGCUGAUGUGGAGACACGUUUGGCGCGUGAGAUGAUCCGUGUUUUGGUUCGUUUUGACACCGUCGCGAAUGCCUUUAAAGCUUUGGAGAUGCUGCAGCAGCGGCAUGGCUCGAACUGGGACGUCUGCUUUUUCUCCACGCAGUUGUUUGACGUGGGGGCACUUGGGCCGGCGGAGGGUGAAUCACUCUGCUGCGCUUGA